AAAAAAGAUAUAGAUAUGAGCAAUACAAUAUUGCAUGAGGGAUAUGUGGUAUUGGAGUUAAAACAUCAGCGGGUUGAAGUAUAACUAACAGGGAAUUUACUCCUGACAGAAUGUGUAUCAACCAGCAUUAGUUAGAGAUCUCUUGUCAUCUCCAGCAACUGUCAUUGGUCUGCUACUCUCUAUAUUGCCCCUGGUUGCAGGUCUGUAAGAUAUCUAUUGUCUGGGCUAUUGUCUCUCGGGAAUAAACUUCAAACUGGACAUGAUUUUCAUUAAUGAAUUAUCUGACAUGUGGAAUUUAAUAAUCUGUUGCAGUGUAUGGUGAUUUUUUUCAGAUGAACAGGAUUUAUGCUGAUGGAAGAGGGAGAAAAAUAAAAAAAAAAAUAUUGUUCAUUAUUACUUAAUUUGCCAUUUUCAUUGAUAAUAUUUACUGAUUAAAUGGGUUCUUGAUUUUUUUAGUGAAUAACAAAGGAUAAAUGGAUUUACUGAUAUAUUUAACAAGCUUCUGACACACUGUACUCUUGACUGACAUUGUAUUAUGACAUGUUAAUAUAAAUGUUAAUUUAAUGAAUUAUUUAAAAAUUGUCUAUGAAUGACUUAAUCAAGAAGCUUCAGUUUUUACCAAUAUGAUAGACAAAUACUGGAAUUUUUUUCUUUGAAAUUCCAGAGAUGUGUAUUUGAUUGAAAAAAAUUGGUGGAUUAACAGAAGAUGUUAUUUAAAUGGAACUUCUUCUAGAUAAAUGUUUUAAAUUUGAUAUUAAUGGUGUAACAGGGAAAUGUUAUCUUAAUGACACAGUGAAUUGCAAUGUUUUUCCAGACAAUCUAAACUCUGUUGGGAGAGCUUGACUGAAGUGUUGGAAUAUUUACCAUACCCAGAGCAUACAGCACCAAUAAAAAGGUUGUGAUGGACCACUGCAAUAGUACAAUCGUUGACAACAUAUCAUCAUCGUCAUCACAGCGAAAUGGGUCAGAGUCUAUAUCUGAUGAGGCGGAAUUGGAGAAGCUUAUUACGUACUACACGAUGGAGAUCGGUGUGCCAAUAGUGUGUGCAUUUGGAAUGAUAGGAAAUCUGCUCAAUUUCAUGGUGCUUACACGUGAAAAAAUUAGUCGUUCAUUAACAAAAAUGGAGAAAUCGGCCCACAUUGGCUUAAUUGGUCUUGCGAUUUCUGACUUCAUGUUCUGCCUCUUGGCUUUCAUCUACACACGAAUUGAGUAUCAUUCAGAGUACGCGGAGUUAUCUGGAGUAUUGUAUUUUCACUGGUUAGGUGGACCACUUAUAACAUGGUUCAUUGUGACAAGCACUUGGCUGACGGUGGCGAUGGCCGGAGAGCGCUAUCUAGCCGUAUGUCAUCCAUUUAAAGCAAGGAAACUGAUAUCGUUAAAGAAGACUCGGAUUAUUAUUGCUGUAGUGUACUUUGUAUGCUUAGGAUUAACCAUUCCCAUCGGUUUUGAGAAGAUUAUUAAAGACCAUUUGGACUGUGUAGGGCAAACUUAUUAUAAAAUCGAGCCGAGACCAGAAUUUACUGACUCCGUUGUCGUGAUACGAAGACUUGUUUGGGCUAUACUAUUUGACUUUAUUCCAUGUAUAGCUCUGUUGUAUUUCAAUGUAUGCCUAAUUUAUAAAAUCCAUAAUGCUAAAACGCUCAGAAAGGCAAUGGCACCAGCUCAAAAAAAUGAAGUUCUUCUUACAAAAUACCCACGUGAGCUAUUCUCUUACAAUUCUAACAGUAUGUCAUCAAAUGUCUCCGGGAAAGACAGACAUGCUCAUUCUUUUAUGCACUAUUCUCCAUCACAUCAGAAAAAUCAACAUUCAGCUCACGGUCCACAUCGGUCGUACAGCAAUAAAAGCUGGCGAUACAGUCCACGGCAAUCGCUCACAAUGAACGCAACACCUCAAAAGAAACAAAUGCGAGCAAGGAGACGGCAAACAGAUAAUGCCUUAAACAGUGUUACUGCAACCCUUGUUGCUGUGGUUGUUUUAUUCUUAAUUCUAGUCUCGCCUUCAGAGAUCUUGAAAUUCAUUUACCAGAUCGGAGGCGGUAGUAACACUAACACGUACAAAAUCAUACAAAGUAUUACGAACCUAAUGCAAGCAAUCAAUUUUUCGGUGAAUUUUGUGCUUUAUUGUGCUGUGAACAAGUCAUUUAGAAGUAGUCUUGCUGUGAUUUUCUGUUUCUUUUGCAGACGUGGACGCCAUACGUUCAAACUUAGAUCAUUAGAGCGUGCCUACUGUCACAAAAUGGAAUUCUCAGAGUCAGAGUCUUAAGGCAAAUUACUAAAAAUAUGACAGCAUCUUCGGAAGUGAUGCACUAGGAUUCCAAUAAAUUGUGAAAAAUUUUCACAAAUACUUGGUAAUGAUUUCCACGGUGACACGGUGAUAAAUUUCAUUAAAGGCUGAUAGAAGCCGAUGACAAGAAUCAAAAUGAAGUAUUGUGUUGUGAAGCAAAUGUGAAAUGUUGUUAUAAAAUGUUAUUAUUUGAGUAUGACUAUGAGAAUAUGGUAAAAAUGAGUACAUAUACAUGUAUAAACUAAAUGUGACACACAUUAUAAAUCAAUAUUACAAAUCAAUUAAUACUGUCUCAUUUUGUGUUAAUAAAAGUCUUGGAACUUAAAAAUCACAUUCAGCCUGUGCUUUGUUCACCUGGAAAUAGUACCAAGUUGUUCCCUUAUUGAAAUAUUUAAAGAGUUUGUUGAUUUUCCAGACCAACACCUGCUUCAAGAAACUCAAUAAUGCCCCACCCACAUUAGAAACACAAUAGUUGAUCAUUCUGGACACAUUAAAACUGAAAAUAGACAUGACAUGCAAUGAAAGUAUAUCAAGUUUUCUCCAGAAAACUUAUAGGCCCAAAUGAGUGCAAGUCGCUCACCAGAGGAGUUUGGUGGACACUGCGUAAGAACUGCUGGAGUCAAGCAGACAACUUCAGUGGACACUGCCUGCCAGCUCCCACCUGUCUCUGCAGGUGAUAACAUAAUAUGUUCUGUUUCAUUGGCAUUUAAAAAGGGCCACAAUUCCAGAAAUAAAACUGGUCAUGAAAGUCCCAAAAAUCCAUUAUAAGUUGAUGAUGAAUACCAAAUUUCAAUUCUACUGGAUGCAAACUGUAGGAGUGGAGUUCACAAGAAAGUGCAACCAAUGAAUGCACAUAUAAAGGGAUGGACAGAAAGUUCAAACACUUUUAUCCCUUCCGGGUCUUCAACACUGCACAGGGCAUAAAACAGGAGGAAACAAUGUAUAAUAAUGAAGUGUUUCUGGCAGAAACCAAGAGAUAAAACUGGCCUUAUCAAAAGGUUUUCUAGUAACUUUAUUUUAACUGCUUAGCUCUAAAUGGAGAAAUAUCACUUCUUACUGUUGUAGAUGAAUAUGAUAUGAUUUAGUAUAACCCCUGUUAAUUCUGGAUCAAAGAAAUACAUACAUGUUAAAUGA